UUUCACUUGCAUAAUUUGGGUCAACAUUCAACGAACACAUAAAAGUCAACGACUACCAAGAUUGUAGUGACUUGUCUGAUAACUUCUCUGUUCGUUUUGAAGCAGAAAAGUAUACUUAGAGAGUAGUGAGAGAAAGAUGGUGGGAUCACAGUGUUGUGAGAAUCCACCAGAUCUUAGUUUAAGUUCAGGAAUUGGAUGUGUUGAAGAUGUUGGAGGUCUUGAAAGCUAUAUUACUGGUUCUUUGAGUUCAAAGCAUGGAAUUAUUCUUGUUUCUGAUGUUUUUGGAUUUGAAGCACCUAACUUAAGGAAGCUGGCAGACAAAGUAGCAGCGGCUGGAUACUAUGUUGUGGUUCCUAAUUUCUUACAUGGGGAUCCUUUUACUCCUGGACAAUCUCUGAUGACAUGGUAUAUGUCUCAUCUAGCGGAGGAUGCAGCUGAAGAAGCUAGACCGGUAAUGGAAGCUCUAAGAAGCAAGGGCAUUUCUGCAAUUGGAGCCGCAGGGAUCUGCUGGGGUGCAAAGGUACUCGUGGAACUAUCGAAGUUAGCUGAUCUUAAAGCUAUAGUGAUGCUCCAUCCUUCACUCGUUACUGUCGAUGAUAUUGAGGAAAUCAAGGUACCUGUUUCAAUACUGGGAGCUGAAAUCGACCAUAUUUCUCCACCGGAACUUGUGAAAGAAUUUGAAGAAGUUUUAUCAACUAAAGCUGAGGUGGAUAGCUUUGUGAAGAUAUUUAAUGGGGUUAGACAUGGAUGGACUGUGAGAUACAACAUAAAAAAUGAAGAAGCAGUGAAGCGUGCAGAGGAAGCUCAUAAUGACAUGUUAGAGUGGUUCUUUAAGCAUGUGAGGAGUUUUUGUGUUUGCCGUAAAAGUGCUUUGUAGCUACUAUUGUAAGUCAGGGUUGAUAAUGGUGGUAUUAGGCCAGACCAGAGUGUACAUGCUUAAGGUCUUAUAGGGCCAUUGCAUGCCAAAAGGUAAAUAAAACCAGAUUGUUGUUCCAGAUCAAAGUCUUCUAUUUAAGCACUCAGAGCUUUUUCCCA